GAAAACGCUUAUCGAAUGCAUCCAAAUUUUUGAAAGAUAUCAGUUUUGAUUGAGGUUAUGUUAAACUUUUAAAAAAAUUAAAUUUUUUGAAAAAUAAUGUUUUUCACAAGGAUUCUUCUCAAGAGAGUAAAAGCCAAAGAUAUAAUGGUACAAAUGGAAAGUUUAGUUAGCGGACACACAUUCAACAAAAUCAGACCCAGAUUAGCUGAUAAAUUGGAAUUAAUACGAUUUGAUCCAUUUAUUCGAAAGGAGUCCGUGUAUAGAGAAAAGAAGAAGAUUCGUAGCAUGUAGACACUAUUUUGUAACUUUUUCAUUGUUAGUUUUUUAAUAAAUUAUUGUAGUAUUACACUUUUGAUUAAAUUCAAACAUCAACCCCAAGAGUUUGAUUAAAAAUAAAUUAUAAGAUGUUGAACUUUAUUAAUAACUACAAUACAAUAAUACACAAA